CACCUACCCAGUAGAAGUCAGGAGGAAGAGAGUUUCCAGGUCCGGAGGCACCUGCUGCUUUUGUGGGCAAUUAAUCCAUGCUGCAACAGUGGAGCAACCUGUCGUAGAGUAACUGCUCUUGACAAAUAAACACAGUACUUCUGCUCCAGAACUGUUCAACAGACUCUGCUGGUGGAAAUAUGGAGAACAAAACUGUAGUAAAGGAUAAGUUUUUCAUCGUGAUACGCGGGAAGUCGAGGAAAGGCUUCUUCUGCAGAGGAUGUAUCGGCCGUGUGGAGGCGGAGGUGCAGCAGGGAGAGCUGUUGGGGCUGCUGUACUCCGGCGGCGGCAGCAGCAGCGCAGUGAGUCCCAAGAGCGGAGGCAUCGUGAGGAGGGAGGACACAUACCCUCUGACCCGACACCAGGCCCAGCUCCUGCUCUUCAUCUCCCCUGCAAGCAAACGCCUGGACCUGCUGUGUAACCCCCAGCUGUUCUCCGCCAUCUGUGCGCUGUCUCAGGGUGACCUGGUGGUGGUGAAGCACAAGAAGGGACACCUGCCAGCGCUGGUGAAGAACCUGAUGCAGAUCGGGAGGAAGGAGGGCAAAGAUGACCUGCACAUGCUCGGCUUUGAGGUGGAGUCUGUGGACAGUGAUAACAACUUUUCAUCCAAGAAACCUUCACCUCUGCCUCUGUUCAGUGCCGCAGACAUCGUCCAGGUGGUCCCAUCUUACUCUGUUCCCCUCGGACUGCACUGGAAAGACGGCCAAUGUGGGGGUCUAAACAAAAAAGCGGUGACGCGCAUCAACUCAAUGCCGAAUAUAGGAUCUCAUGCACGGCCAUUGAGAGAGAGCCAUACGGAGCAGAGCAGAGUCAUACAGAGCCAAAUUCCAAACACAUCACACGUGCAUUUGGAGGUGGGAUCCUUGGUAGAGGUGGUGUCCAACUCAGGGAUCACAGUGUACGGGGUCAUCCAGUGGUUGGGGGUCCCUGAAGGAAAGACUAAUGAGUGGGCUGGGAUUGAAUUGGACUAUGAGGUGAACGGCUGCUCUGAUGGGAAGUAUGGAGGCCAGAGGUAUUUCACCUGCAAAGGGAACAGGGCUUUGUUUGUUCCCGUCACAAAGUGCAGCCCUGACAGCAGGUUCCUCUGCAACUCCACAGGAAUGCAGACCCCCAAACCUAACGACACACCUCCAGUUCCUCCAUUUGAGGACCUGGAGGAGGAUGUGCCCCCUGUUCCUGAAUCAGAGGCCUUGUCUUUGCUAGUGGGGAGAAUGAAGGGAAUUCAGGGUCACAUCAACUCCUGCUAUCUUGAUGCCACACUCUUCAGUUUGUUCAGCUCAUCUGUGACCCUGGAUAAUAUCUGCCAGAAGCCUGCUGACACAGAGCAACCCAUAGCCUGUUCUCUUAGGAAAAUAGUCAACCGUUUGCGCAGACAAGGGUUCGUGCCUGCUGAGAGUGUGAUGAAUUUCCGUAAAGAGCUUGGCUGUGACACUUUCCGAACAGAGGAAAAAGACCCAGAAGAGUUUAUCACAGUCCUCUUUCAGAAAGUGCUCUGCAUGGAGCCACUGCUCAAGCUCAGAUCGAGACAAGAAGAAUCUCAGGGUGCCUACACCUUCCAGAUCUUUCUAGAGAAAGAACAAAUGGGAAAGAUGCCCACUGUCCAACAGCUGCUGGACACAUCCUGCCUGUCCGGUGACCUCAAGUUUGAAGAGAUGCCAUCCUGUCUAAUGGUUCAGAUGCCAAGGUUUGGAAACAAGUAUAAGAUGUUUUCUCACAUCAUUCCCUCCACUGAGCUGGACAUGACAGAUCUCCUGUACAACUCUCCAAGGGAAUGUUUUAUCUGUGGGCAUUUGGCAGAGUACGAGUGUCUUCAGUGUCUACCAGAUCGCAAACUCCAACCAGGGAGAAUAAAACAGUACUGCUCUACAUGCAAAACUCAGGUGCACACCCAUCCCUCGCGACAGGGUCACUCCCCCAAGGCUCUAUCAGUGCCAGCAGGUGUAGCCUCUGACAGUCCCGUGCCCAGGCACAUGAUGCAGCUGUUUGCUGUGCUCUGCAUUCAAACCAGCCACUAUGUGUCCUUUGUCAAAUACGGCCCUGACCCUCACUCCUGGCUCUUCUUUGACAGCAUGGCAGACAGAUGUGGUGAUGAUCAGCAUGGCUACAACAUUCCAGAGAUCCGGGCUUGUCCGGAGCUUGGUGACUUCCUCUCACAACCGGAGGAGGAGCUGACCUGCUCCAACCCUUCCCAGCCUCCUGAACUACUGCGCAGAUUGCUGUGUGACUCCUACAUGUUUUUCUACCAAAACCCAGCCACGCCACUUUCAUAGCCAAACCAUCAGGAGUCAGAAACGAAUGUGAGGAUGAGGACACAAUGUUCCCAUAACAGUGCCUUUAUAACCUUGCAUCUCUGCUCACUCAGCAAGAUUUUGUGUUGGUUAUUACAUCCAAACAGCAGGAACUGAAAUGGAUGCAUUUAACUUUACAGGGAUAAAACAUUAUUAUUAUUAUUAUUAUUAUUAUUAUUAUUAUAAAUGUGUUGUUCAGACAUUUGACUGUAAAUGAUGGAAGUCAGAGUUGAUGUGGUUAUGUAUGAGAAAAAGACUGAGCAGUAAACAUAUUAGCAUUCACUCUGAACUCCUCAUCAUCACCAUCAUUAUCUCGUAGAUAUAUUGCUGUUGUUACAUUGUGAUUAUUUAUACCAAGAUUUCUAAAUGACUUUAUUCUAGUGUUUUUUUCAUCUAUGUUAUUUGAUAAGCUAAAAUCCACUCCAGCACUUGGUGACAAGUUUGUAUGGUGUUGCAUAAUUUUAACACUGGAUUGUCAGUUGUGACCUACAACAGUCACUGAAGCCUCCCACGUCAUAUAAACCACAUGCUGUUCUUGUUGCUGUUGAUGAGCUGUCCAUUUAAAAAAACAGAAAGCUGGAAAGUACAUGUGUGGUUGUAUUGUAUGUACUGUAAAUAGCUGCACGAUGUGCAGUUUUCACAAAGGCAUAUUACCAGAUCUGUAAUAUAUUAUUUUAAUUUAUCAAUAAAAUGUUAAAAUUGCAGUUGGAAAUCAGUGAAGCGUCCCAACAGGUUUUUAUUCUACUAACAAACAGGCAAACACAGAAUCUCUGAAGAGACACCACUGCCAAUCAUAAUGUUUUUUAGAGGCCAUUCAUAAUGUUAAGUAACAUUUCAAUCUGCUCAAUCUACUACAACUAAAACCCUUUUAUACCAAGUCUUUAACUAAAUCUUAAAAAUCUGGACACAAAGUACAGUUUUGCUUUAAAGGUUCCCUGAGGACAAGUGAGCCAUAUUAGGCAAUAUUAUGGACUGCAAUGCCCUCUUGUGGACAAAGUAAGUUUCCCUUAAAUAGCAUCCACUCUGAUUUGGGGAAAUACAUUCCUCUUGUGUAUGCAGGCCCAUCAAACCACACCAGCAUGUACAUUAUUCACACAAACUCUGGGGGAAACAAAUUUAUUCAGAAAUAUUAAUGGCUUUAAAAAACACAUAGACAAAAAACAGUUUUUUCAACAUUUUUGACACUGAUAUAAUGAUAAUUAGCAUAAUAAUGCAAGUACACCCUUUCAAAGAGCAAUUCACUUUUGAUUCAAUGGGAAAUUACACUACAUUUUGUCUCAUGAGCAUAGGUUUUUUUUUCUGUUCACUUGGCUAAGGUGCUGUAGGAAAUAAAAAAAGCUUGGGCGCUGUGUCAGAGUUUUAUAGAAACACUGAGACAGUGGGCCCCUGGGCACAGAUAUACUAAAGGCCCUACCACCUCUCCUACACAGGAGCAAGGCACACAGACUUUAUGGUAAUUUUGCCUCUUUUAUUAUCACAUCUUUUAUUUUUGUAGUCUUUUUGCAUGUUUUGUGUUUCUGUGUCUCUUUGUGGUAAUUUUCUUUAAAGUCGUUUUGUGUCUAUUUUGAUUGUUUUUGUGUCUUUGUAGUUAUUUUGCAUCUCUUUGCACCUCUUUGUGGUCACUUUGAGUCUGUUCCUGGUUGGUAGGCGUUAAUCUGUGACAUGUUGCAGGUAAAGGCCAGUGGGGCCCCUGAUGCUUUUGGUCCCUGGACCUGUGUCUGGAAGGCCUGUUCAGUAAUCUAUCCAUGCUUUUAACUGCUGUUUAUUCUGGGAUCAUGUUGGCUAAAAUUAUUGUCACAUUGUUAUGUAAACAACCAUGCACAUUAACACAAGGGCAGUAUUGUGUGAUAUAUGGACAUGACCACAAUAAUUUUUGCUGACCUCAAUAAGUCUAUAAUGAAAUUACUGUGUUAGGCCUAAAAACAGUGUCGUUUUAACAAAUAUCAAAGUGCAAGGUCUCAUGCCAUGAUAGUAUCUUAU